AUGUGGUUGGCAGCGCCACUCCCGGCGGUCGGAGGUGCGACGGCACUGAAACGCCAGGCCAUCGACAGGCCCUCGUUGGCCGUUUUUGGAGAUGAGGCCUUAUGCCAGCGCUUCAACGCCGCAUGCAAAGAAGGCGCCAUUCGACGCUACGCUCCGGGAACAAUCCCAUGUGGAUGCACCGAUGUGCUGCUAAUUGUCCAUCCACAUCAAGGGCCCGCGGCAGGAGUCAUGGGCCUGGGCAGCAAUUCACCCGACCGCGAGGCUGCUAACUGCUGCUGCUGUUGCUGCUCCUGCUUGUGCAUAGUAUAUCCCCACACAGUGAAUUGGACAUGGAAGGGACUGGUCAUGUCGGUGACGAACGCUGUGCGCGACGUUGGAUGA